AUGGACAGCGCCCGCGACCCGCCUCGGGGGCGCUUGGACGCCCUGGGCUUCUGGCAGGUCUGGCAGCGCUUUGAUGCGGAUGAAAAAGGUUACAUAGAAGAGAAGGAGCUUGAUUCUUUCUUUCACCACGUCUUGACAACACUGGGUACUGAUGCGGCGGCCAUAGAAGAAAAUGUGCAGAGACUGAAACAGCAAAGUAUGGCUCCCCAGGAUGUCUCUAGAGAUGGUCGUGUACAAAUGAAAGAGCUUGCCAAUAUGUUCUUGUCUGAGGAUGAAAACUUCCUUCUGCUCUUUCGUCAGGAAACCCCCUUGGACAGCAGCGUGGAGUUUAUGCAGAUUUGGCGCAAGUACGACGCUGACAGCAGUGGCUUUAUAUCAGCUGCUGAGCUGCGGAACUUCCUCCGAGACCUCUUCCUCCACCACAGGAAGGCCGUUCCCGACGCUAAGCUGGACGAAUACACUGGCACCAUGAUGAAGAUCUUUGACAAAAAUAAGGAUGGCCGGUUGGAUCUUAAUGACUUGGCAAGGAUCCUGGCUCUUCAGGAAAACUUCCUUCUCCAAUUUAAAAUGGAUGCUUGUUCCACUGAAGAAAGAAAGAGGGACUUUGAGAAAAUCUUUGCCCACUAUGAUGUUAGUAAAACUGGAGCUCUGGAAGGGCCAGAAGUGGAUGGGUUUGUCAAAGACAUGAUGGAGCUGGUCAAGCCCAGCAUCAGCGGAGUGGACCUCGAUAAGUUCCGGGAGAUUCUUUUGCGCCACUGUGAUGUGAACAAGGACGGAAAGAUUCAGAAGUCUGAGCUCGCAUUGUGUCUUGGGCUGAAAAUCAACCCAUAA